AUGAAGGUGUGGUGUGCCAAAUUUAUUGACAGCCUUAAUUAUUUGCACAUGCCAUUGAGUAAACAACCAAAAGCUUUUGGACUCAAUGAUAUUAAAAAGGGAACAUUUUCCCACCUGUUUAAUACACCUGACCACAUCGACUACAAGGGUCCUCUUCCUGCUUCCGAGUGUUACUCAACAGACACUAUAUCUGAAGAAGCUAGAAAAGAGUUUCUCGAGUGGUACGAGACACUCGAAAAAGAUUCCAAUUACGUAUUCGACUUCAAAAAAGAAAUCGUCGAAUAUUGUAUUGCAGAUGUGACAAUUCUGCGUCGAGCAUGCGUCGCAUUUAGGGACAUUUUUAAAAAAUGUGCCAAUGUGUGCCCCUUUUCUGAGAGUGUUGCGAUAGCAUCGGCUUGUUCGCGUGUCCAUCGUAAAAGCUUUCUAACGCCAGACACUAUUGGUAUUAUACCUGCUGGUGGGUACAGAAGGGCCAAUAAUCAAUCGGCAAAAGCCAUUGAGUGGUUGUUGUGGUGUGAGAGAGAGCUUGGGCGAGAGAUACGACACGCAGGGCAUCCUAAAAUUUUCGUGGGUGAUGAGUGCAAGAACGUAACUGGUGUGGAUUUUAAAAAUUUAGGUAAUUUGGAGGGUCUUGUAAAAUGCCGAGUACUACCGCCUUAA